AUGCCCCCACGCUUCCAGCAGACUGGGGGAUCCCACACCCCGCAUCCCACUCAUAUACCUGCACGUGAGGAUGAUCAUGUGGAGCCGGGUGGGGAUGAUACUGUGCAGGAUGCAAAUGAUGUUCAGUUUGGGCCGAGUCGGACUGCUGCCAGGUGUGUGUACUAUGUGAUUCAGCAAAUGUAUAAAGAAGCUUGGAUGACUUUUGGAGAUGUUUCAAAUAAAAAUGCUUGGUUUAAUUGCUUUAAGGAAAAGUGUACGUGGGAUCCAAUGAGCGAGAAACUUGUUAAAAAAAAUUAUUUCAGCAGAACAUCAAAAAGACUUUCUGACACGUUGCGAAAUGUUAGAAAGCGUUGGGAACGUGAUGGUAGUCGUCCUGGGUGGUUGGGCCAAGAAGUUCUUGACAAACUUAUUGCAUAUUGGAAUUCAAAGGAAUUUAAAGCUAAGUCUGAAAAUACUAAAAAAAUGAGGGCAUCUGAAAAAGGAGGUCACCUUAAUGCAGUUGGAAGUAUAAGCACUUACGAACAUUCUCGACGCAUGGCUAAAAGGUUGGGGAGACAACCACUCAUGAUCGAGUUGGUUAAAGAAACUAGGACAAAAAAAUCGGGUGAUUUAGUUGACGAGCGUACUCGAAAAGCUUUGGAGGAUUAUCAAACAAAGCUUGUGGAUUUUUUGGUCGCUAAUCCCAAAUAUACUCCUAGAGAAGGAGAGUCGCUUCAUCCAGAUGUUGAUUUUUAUAUUUGGAAUGAAGUCAUUGACGGAAAAGGGCCUAAUGGAUGUUUUUUUGGUGCGGGAAAUUUGGCGGGAAGCUUGAGAAGUGGAGAUCGAAAUUUAUUUCAAAGAGUUAGAGAUGGGGAAGGAUCGUCACGUCCAACACAAUUGGCACCGCAAGUAAUGGAAACAAUAAGACAGUUGGCUCUAACUAAGGUGAGACGCGAGUUAGCGCAAUGUGAGGCGGAGCUAAAGGUCCAAAUGGAUGAACGUGAGGCGGCGCUAAAAGCACAAGUGGAGGGGCAACAACGGCAAAUAGAGGCAAUGGCGAAGAUGCAAGCAGAGAUGCAACAACAACAAAUAGAGGCAAUGGCGAAGAUGCAAGCAGAGAUGCAACAACAAAUGCGGUUAUUUAUACAGUCUCAACAAAGUGGUGGUCAACCGUCUAGAGGAAACGUGGGAGCAGCUGACACUGAGCAAGAGAAUGAUGAUGAUUUCAACCUUGAUAAUUAUCCCGAUCCCGAUGAUGAUUUUUUAGGAUGA